UCCUGGCCGAAAUGAGUGGCGGCAGCCAGUCAGCCGGGGCCAACACAUCCAGCCAGACCAGUAACGCCAACUAUCACCAGCACCAGCAACAACAACAGCAACAACAACAACAACAACAGCAGCAGCAACAGCAACAACAACAGCAGCAGCAGACGGAGCUGGAACAAGCGGGUUUGUUGCCUGAGCUGAACGGCGUGGACCUCGCGAUAAGCCUCUCCCCGAAGCAUCAGCACUCGUCGCACGCGCAAGCUGGCGUAGGUGGGGCUCACACGACACCCUUCAGCGUCACCGACAUCCUCUCGCCGAUCGAGGAGUCGUACCGAAAGCUCGAGAUGGCAGCCGCUGCCGCCGCCGUUGGGGUUGUAGCCCACGGUCAGGGCUCGCCCUACGCGAACGCCUGUGGUCGAAACAUUGGGGUCGGGGCCGGCAACAAUACCGGCAGCUCGAGCGCCUCGAGUGGAAGUCCACCGUUACACGGGGGUUCGACCCCUGGUGUGAGUACUCCAGGGCCAAUUACGGGCGCGGGUAACGGGGUCACCGGGGGAAUUGUGGGCAACAGCGGGGUCGCGGGCGGCCCCACCGGCAUGGGGGCGAUGGGCAAUCCCUACGCGACGAUGCAACUUGCCCCUCAGUACCAGUACUGCACGGCCGAGCUGUCGCCGUAUCAUCAUGGUGGCCCGGGGGUUACGGGUGGUGGAGGCCCUGGUGAUCACAUGAGGUCCCACGCGGUUUCGUCUCAUCACCAUCCCUGGUAUACGCCCGCGCCGCCAACCACCAAUGAUCCAAGAUAUGCCAUAUCGCGGCUGAUGGGAGCGGCAGCGAGCGCAGGGACGAACAUGACCGGCUGCUCGAUGGGCCAGUCGAUGGGUGACAUGGUGAAGUCGUCGGGCAUGGGAGUGGGCGUUGGCGUCGGUAUGGGCGGGGUGCCGUCGAUGCCCUUCCCUCUGGCCCAGCGGCGCAAACGCCGGGUACUGUUCACCCAGGCCCAAGUCUACGAGCUCGAGAGGAGGUUCAAGCAGCAAAAGUACCUGAGCGCCCCCGAGCGCGAGCACCUCGCAUCCAUCAUUCACCUAACGCCCACGCAGGUCAGUUUAUUGGGAGCUAUCUCUGGACUGCUGGAAGUUCGCAAGAACUUUGUAUUUAAUAAACCUUUGGUGCUAUCGCCUCUGACUACAGAGGCGAGCACAACAUAA